AUGUUUAGACUUCUGCGUGGUUUUUCUUCGUGGGAUGAAGUCAUAGGUUUGCUUUUGCAUCGCGCGGUUUUUGUAUAUUCAUAUUUCGUCGCCGGUUUAAGUGGACUUGUAUCUGAUCACUCUUUGAGCACUAUUGAUGACCGAUUGGGGGGCUUUGCCAACGCAAAGUAAACGACUUCCCCCACCCAAAAGCAUCUACCAACGGCCCAAUUCCGCAAACUCCCCGAACGCAUCGACGAUGUAAGCCGAGACGGGAACAAUUGUCAACAGCAACGUAAAACCAAGUAGCCCGAUCGAAAAGAGAAAUAGCGGCACGGGGAGGUGGAGUUGCGCGAUCCACCCGUAAAGAACGAUGGCCAGUGGGAGGAGACCGGCGGCGAAAAUGGUAAGAGGGAGACGGUAUUCCGGACGGAGAGAUGACGGGGCGGUCGCGGUGUCGUCGGUGGUCCGGCGCGCAGAGCGGUUUUGGAGGUAGAUUGCGAUUCUGUCGAGGGCGACGUUGGAGAGGACGACGGCGAGCAAAGAGCCUAAGCUGAUGCACAUGAACGCUGAGCCGGUUUGCGCGGGCGUGAAGUGGUACGUGUCGGUGAGGAUAUCCGCGAGGGUAACAGACAUGACGUAGUAGUACGAGAAGGAGACGGAUGCGAAUAGGCAGAGCAGCAUGAGGACGCUGGAGCCGAAUAAGACGGUGAAUGGUCGUGUGAUGGCGUGGGCGAGUUUCUUGAUGCUUGAGUGCGCAUCUUUUUCGGUGAUAGCGGGUUCGAAGCCAUUUCCC